CAAUAAUAGCCGUGCUGCUCUCGUUGGCUCUUACAGAAUCGUUGUGGUCGUUAUGAUGUUAAGCUCCUUGUCCAACUCUCCUCUCUGUGAAUUCACACCUGUUCAAAGCACCUUCUUCUCCGGUACCUUGGCAUCACAGACUUCACUCAGCCAAUUCAUAUGCGUGUUCUCAGAGGGCUGGGAUGGAUGGUUUGAUCCUGGGGGCUGGUCACACUGAAGUCCUGGUGAGAUGUCCUUGAGUGGCAAUGCAAACCAGUCUGCCCCAUCAGCAACAACUCUGCCUCUGCUCUUCGCCAGCUCCGCUCCUCAGUUUUCUCCGUCAUGGGAGGAGGGAAGAACCAGCAAUGAGUCUGUGCAGGAGUUGCCAGGGAACAAGACUCGACUCCUGUCAGACCUCUCUGUUCUUGGCCACGAUGAGCACUGUCAUAUGUCUCCCGUCCUCACAGUGUGCCUAGUCGUGUGGUACAGCAUAACAAUGGUGCUGGGAUUGGUGGGGAACACCGGCCUCAUCUGCAUCAUUGCCCGCCGCAGAGAAAAGGUCAACGUCACCAGCAUUUUCAUCUGCAACCUGUCAUUCUCUGACAUUCUGGUGUGUGUGUUCUGCCUCCCCUUCACUGUCAUAUACACACUAAUGGACCACUGGGUGUUUGGGUCACUGUUGUGCCGACUGGUUCCAUUCAUCCAGUGCGUCUCGGUGAGCGUGUCUGUGCUUUCUCUGGUGUUCAUCGCGCUGGAGAGGCACCAGCUGAUCAUUAACCCUGCGGGAUGGAAACCGAGCAUUUCUCAGGCCUACGUUGGGGUCGUUCUCAUUUGGAUUCUAGCCUGCUUCACUUCCUCACCCUUCCUGGUCUUUCAGAUGCUCACAAACGAGCCGUACGCCAACGUGAUGCUACCUCAGACCCCGCUCCGAUUCCCUCCACAGACUAAUGUCAACGCGUCCCUCCCUCGACCCGCCUCCUACACUUACAAAAACUCAUCACUGCUUGCAAAUUCAUACCGCAUGCUCUUCUCGUAUGUCCCCACCUCUCCACACAUAGAGGCCUGUCUGGAGCACUGGCCGUCCCAGCAGCACAGGCUCAUUUACACCACAUGGCUGCUGCUGUUCCAGUAUUGUGGCCCACUCUUGUUAGUCCUGCUUUGUUAUGUUAGAGUUUUUGUGCGCCUGCGCCACCGCAAAGACAUGCUGGACCGUGCCAGGACGCCAGAGAGCCAGCGCAUGACCCACAGCCGCCGGAUCAACAUAAUGCUGGUUGCCCUCAUAACAGCAUUUGCUCUUUGCUGGCUGCCACUCACCAUCUUCAACGUGGUGUCCGACUGGAACCAGGAGGCCCUUCCCAUUUGCCACCACAACCUCCUGUUCUCCCUCUGCCACCUGCUGGCCAUGUCCUCCACAUGCAUCAAUCCCAUCAUCUACGGCUUCCUCAACUCCAACUUUCGGCAGGAGGUGAGAGACGUGCUCCUGCACUGCCGUUGCCACCAACUGGAGGAAGAGUGUGAGCAGUUCCCCAUGUCCACAGUGCACAUGGAAAUGUCCCGCACCUCUGUGCCUUUCAACUGCAGGAGUAACUCUGUCUAACUAUAACCUGCUGAAGUACUCUGUGAUCACACAGUAGCAGGACUGAUUUACUGUGUUCUUAUUGGUGUUUAGAAUUUGUGCAGUAUCAUCACAUAAUUUUAAGAAAUUGUUGUAAAACAUCUUACAGAAUGUGUAUUUUUAAAAAAACCUGUUGAUGUAUUUUAAAUCCAGGCUUCAUUCUAAAUUUAAACAUUAUGAACUGUAACCCACCAUACUCUAAUUUCCAUUUUAUUCUAUCAGGAUUUAUAAUUUUCUCACUGUGACAUGUCAAAAAGAAAAUCUUUGUUGCCUGAUUUGAAAUGUAAAACGUUUAAAACAUAUAAUUAUACUCUGGCCUAAGGCACAAAACCUAAAGCCAACUCAACACCAACUCUUUUCCCAGCCAGUUGCUCUUUACCUAUCUAAGAAUAUAGUUUGGCUUGAGAGUUGGAAAAAAGCUGGCCUACAUCCUAAUAACGGGUAUUAACUGUUUUUUUUUCAUCUGUGUCCUGUACAGAAAAUGAUCACUUACUAGUUUGGUAAUAAACUAGAUACUGUAUAUGUUAAAAUACCAAUAUGUUUGCAUCAGUGAGCUUAGUGAGGAAAAAGACGUGUGUUGUUUUUGUGAGUAAUGUGACUUAUAAAGGUACAGUACAUUGUAGCAGUUUUUUACAUUAUUAAAUUGUUUGUUUAUUUUUCAGGGGUUAAUUAUAUAAAUAAUGUAAAGUGCUUUCAGUGUUUAUUAAAACGUGCUAAUCUAAUAUUUUAGCUCUACAACCACUUGCCCGGUGUUGUUAUUGUUGCCAAAGUCUUAAAAAUCUAAUAUGUUUCUGUGUUUUGUAUCAAAUGUUGUGAUAAGAUACAUGUUUUUCAUUCCUGCUUUGUGUAUAUUAUGAGAAAAAUACAAAUCUUCUAAAAAGCA